CUCUCACGGCGAAAGGAGAGCGCCAGUGACCAGAGGGCUUUGUACCAAUUGAACACUCAUUGCCUCCAACACCAUGGCGUUUACAGGGGGCCGUUAUGAGGACUCAGAUCCGCCUUCGACCCCCGCAAAGUCCUCAGACUUCGGCUCAAGCGCAUUUUCUUCAACACCUUUCGGACACCCUCCCUCGUCCGCAGGAUCAUUCACGCCCGCAGGAAAUCCUCCUCCUUCCUCCCUCCUCGGUAGCUCUGUGAAUUCUCAGGGUACGGAAGACCUGCUGUCCUUCUCUACGAAUUCCUCGAAUUUCUCCCUGUCGCAAUCGCGAAAUGCGCCCAUCCCUAGCUUUAACUCUCGCCAAACAAAAGCACCGCCGAGCAAUCUCUUCCGGGGAAUUGGAAGUGGGAGGAACAUACCCAGAUCGAAGCUUUCGCACAGCUUUACUCCGUUCGAUGACGACGACGGGAAGAGCGAUGAAGAAGAGCAAAUGGAAAAAACAAACACCGGUGCGAUGGACAUGGAAGAAGACGAUGCACCUUUACCUUCUAUGUUUGCACCUAUUAAUGGCCGUUUCACCGGUAAUACCCGGAAGUCGAUGGUAUAUUCAAACCCGAUGAAUGCGAAACGAGCCAAGCUAGACGAGACUUGGGUCCAAUCUCUGCCCUCUAGCACCGUUCAGACGAAAAAACAACCAUCUGCGUUUCCUGGAAUCGCGCGUGAUAUUGCGUCCAGAAAAUCUAUGGCCACCGUCGACGAACCGAGUGGCUUUUUACUCGACAUGGAGGACAUUGUGAGCCGAAUGUACGAUCGGGUAAGGGAGCGGGAAGCUGAUGAUGAGAUUGUGGAAAAUACCUUGUCGGAAGUUUGUGAAGACCUUGCCAGCCUUUGGAAAAAGUAUUCAGAUGAAUCCGGUCCAGCCAGCUACGAGAACGGAUGUGUUGGUCCUGGAGAACAGUCGUCGGGUAUAGUGAAAGCCAGCUUCCUGAGCUCAUUGCUCCUCCAGCUUCACCACCCUCCUGCCUUCCAACGCCAAUUCACUAGCCGAAAUUCGCAACUAUUUCGAUCUCCGUUCCGACCUGCUAUUUCUGCGCAACAGCCUAAGUCCAAGUCACCGAUUCCAAAGGUCCUGUUUGAUUGGCUCAACCAGUACCAUUCCCCUCAAGCAAGUCGACUUGAUGCUCUGAAGAGACAACAACCAAACCCAACGGCCUCUCCAACAUUCUGGAAUAUUACCCUAGCCGCACUGCUCCGUGCAGACUUUCCUAUCGUUAUGCAACUGUUAGAAGCUGCUGAUUUCACUUACGCUCGAACGGCUAUGGAGGAAGGGAGCAGCGAACCCGGGUAUCAGGGCAGACAGCUUCAAACGAUCCAGCAGUGUGUGAAUAAAACACUCCACAACCUUCGAGCUUGCCCGGGGGUGCAGAGCGACGAUUGGGAUAUCAAGGGGAUGGAAUGGAGUGUAUAUCGAAAGCAGAUCGCCUCUGCUCUUCUGGAGCUCGAGGAUCUAGCAGAGGGUUCGAACCGUGACGAGAUGGGGAACAGCCAGGCCUUUGAGGCCUCCCAUUUUGGUCUCUUGAGCCUCCGAUCCAGUGUUUCGUCAUUCAGCCAGAGUGCUCGCAUGGCGGAAAGCAAGAUUCCCUGGCAAAUCUAUCAACAUCUCAAGGCGCUUUAUAAUAUCAUACUGGGCGAUGUCGCUUCGAUCUUAAAGUAUUCGGAUGACUGGGUCGAAGCAACUGUUUCCCUCACCGCGUGGUGGAACGGCGAUGAUGACAGCGAUAUCACGCUAGAAAACAGAAGUUCGAACCGCCUCGCAGCCAAAAGGUCGCAAUCUCCGCGAUCUGUCGACAUAAAUACCGAAGAGGCAUACCUGCGACGCCUCGAUUACACAUUUACCUGUGUCACCGAUACCCUGGGCAAGGAUGGGUUCCGAAUCAACUCGAUGAAUCCCUGUGAAGUCGGUCUUGCUUCCUUGUUCGAAGGGAACGUUGAAGGAGUGCUCCGGUUGACACAGACUUGGUCUCUGCCCAUCGCCGCCGCUACAGCCGAGGUCGCCAGUUUUGGAGGAUGGCUGGCCGCAUCUGCGGGAUCUGAACCUAUGCCGGGCCUGAAUGAAAACGAUCUUAUGGUUCUGAGCUACGGGCAGCCGGAUCAGAAGCUCCGGAAAGACGACAUUCUGGUAAAUUAUUCGUCGGGAAUAUUUGAUCGAGGCCGGCUUGAUGGACCUUCGAGUACCAGGGAUGGGUGGGAGCUGUCACUGGAAAUCAUGAGCCGUCUUGACGACCAGGAACUCAUGAAAACGAAGGUCAAUCAGCUGCUUGACCGUGUAGUGAUUGAUUCUUCGGAUAAGAUGGACCGGCUUGUUCUGCUCUGCACGGAACUUGGUUACAAUGAGGAAGGACGCAAGAUUUCUGAGCGAUACGGCGACAAGAUUGCCCAAACCUCGCAAGAAUACGGAACCGCCUUAUUCUGCUACGCACGGGCGCAUUGUUCACAGAAAAUCAAGAAUGUCGUCGACCUGCUUAUAUCUCUGUGUCUCGUCCAGUCCACCGCAUACCCUCCUAGAUCCGAGCUCGACUCACAACUGCGAUCUCUUCUCGACGAACCCCGUGCCGCUCUGGCAGCGAUCGCAUCCGUCGACAGCGAAGGCGCGGCCAUGCUUCAGUUUUAUUUCAGCGGCUACGCAACGCUACGGAAUUACUACGAUAUUCGCGACGAAGAGGUUAAUCUAGAGGCAGGGCAGAAGCCGAAGCAUCGUCCGUUGGCGAGGAAGAGGGCGGCUGCCCAAGCUUUGACGGCAGUAAUCGGCAGCGCGGUGGACAGCAUCUACGGCGGACUAUACGAUCAGGAUCGGAAAACUGCCGUGCAAGUUGAUGGACUGAUGGUGUUACUGGGAGAGGCACUUGCACUCAUUAAGCCAGAUCCAAACCAAUUCUUCACGCUGGACCAACUGCGCAUCAUCCUCGCGGCCAUCGAGGACCUGCAGACCGUGACAUCCCGCGUCUACGACCAGUGCGAAGAGUGCCUCCAGUCCGCGCUGGCGCAACAUCGCAACCUCAACGAUAGCACCAGCACGGCGCCGACAUCCCCCGUCGACUCGCGAUCGCACUCGCCUACAAACCUGCUUCGCAAGUCGGUCUCAUCCCUGUCAGGAUCGUUCAGCGGCUUUUCGCUUAUCGGAAGCGAAGUGCUGGACACGCGGUCGCGGGGCACGAUGGAUUCUGGGGUGCUGGUCGGAAGACCUGGAAGUGGCGGGAAUGCAGGCGUGAAGAGGGGGUGGGAUUGGCGGGAGGUGGUGAGGAGCGACGUGAAGGGGGAGGAGAUUCUGAGCACUCUACGGCUGCAGCUGGCCAGGGGUUUGGCCUUUGGGGCGUUGAAUGAUUAUGCAAUGUGAAGAAAGUGGUUUUCUCUUCUUUUCUUUUUUGUUCGUUCUUUUUGCAAUGAGAUGACCCGGUGUUGAUCCCUAAGAUGGCGUUGUAUGUACUGUACAAUAUGCAUGGUCUAUGGGGGAACCCUGCGUGCGAUGGAUUGAGAGGUCGGGGAUAGGAUCCA